AUGCUAAACAUAUCCGUCGGGAAUCGACGAAUAUCCUCGAAUGCGAGGGUACUUUCGUCGCCAUGGUUCAGAGAUGCGCAAAGAUUGUCUGUGUAUGUUCACACAGGCGGAGAAAUUGAAACAGACCGAAUUGUAGAGGAAUCGCUGAAGCAAGGAAAGCAACUAUUCAUACCUAAACGUGCGAACACGCCGUUGCACGUGGCCGCUCGACUCGGUUUACUCACCGCCGUCCAAACGCUUUGCCAUUGUGGAGCCGACGUCGAUGUGGCGAAUCAG